CACACACACACAUACACACUCUCGCUCUCUUUCGUGACUGAGACUCUCUUCUCUUCUUCAGUAAGCGUGCGGUGGCGGGAGUGAUAAGAGUGCUGCACUGCUACUGGCUGCCUUUGCCUGUCCUCGGUUUUGGCGUUCUUGCCUUCUGUCAUGAAAAAUCACACGAAAAAGACAAUUCUGAUCAUCACAGGUCGUGAGAAACUCAGAGAGACUUUGUUUCGCCAACUGUCGAGGGUGGCAUGUGAACUGUCGACUUAAAGUCCAUCAUCUACUGUUAUGCACCGAAGAACAACGAACUGUACUACGCUGUACUGGCUCAAGUUAUCGAUCGUCAGUUGUAUCGAACAUUAGUAGAUCAGUGUGUUUUAUAUUGUUGUGUCAUUUUGUUGAAAGGUUGCUAAAGUAAUUCUAGUUUACAUGACGUCCGCUUAGAGAGUAAAAUUCUCCCAAUAUUCUGUCCCAGCUUCCUGGUCCUAUCAAGCGCAUAGGUAACACUGGGCUCCACGCUUUGAUCUUUCGGGGAAUAAAAACAGAAAAAAAAAGUGAGUGAAAACGAGGUGUCUAUUCUGAGGGAAAGGAAAAAAUAUAAGAAAGAAUAAUAGAAAAAACAAAAGGAAAUAAAAACACUAAGUGCCGGGUCGAUUGACUCGCAUUGAAAACGAUCGGUUUCGCCAGAAGAGACGCCUCCAUCUCGCAGGACUUGUGUGGGCCAUAUUUCUCUUCGAAGUUCUUGUUUGUUUGUUUUUCUUAGUUAUUUAUGUUGUCAUAUUCAUUUUCCCAUUGCACCGCCGCUGCGACGUCGAUCAUUCCCCGCAGAGAGAAGAGAGAUAGAGAGAGAUCCGAGGAGAGGAUAAGAAAGGAAAGCAACAGCACUGCCAUCAUCAAACUAUCGUCACACGAGUCGUAGAUACUCGAGUGAGGAGCCCCAUCUCUUUCGACAACCCUGCCUUGCCUGCGAAGGGCGUUUUUAAAAAGUUAAUUCCCUCUUCCAUUAAGGCUACGAAGAAACUGGAAUAUCAGCUUUUGCACUGACAUCGCCUCUUCCUCCUCCUCCUCCUCCCCCCGACCCCGUACAAAGUUUCCCCCCAAGCCCAUCCAGACUCUAUCUCUCUGCCUGUGUCACUUUUCGAAGAAGAAAAAUCCGCCGGGUGGAAAAAAAAAAGAAGAUAGAAGGCGAAAUCCCUCUGGAUCUGUUGCUUUUGAAAAAUGGCCAGUCGCUUGUGAACGAACCUGGUAGUUUUUCCCUUACGGACAUUUGAACAGAAAGGAGAAAGGAGUCCCACUGUUGCUGCUGCUGUUUUUGCCUUUGUGAAAAGCUAUGGGAGAAAUCCGUUUGAACCCCUCGGUCUUUUGAGCGUGAGGUCAACCUUUUCAUCCAGCAGCCGGCAUGCAAAAGCAAGGAGGCCCCUUCCCCCGACGAUUGACCCUCAAGUAGACGGAGAGCGAGACGGGACGGACGGAUCUCUGUCGAUUGAUUGUUCGCUUGGCAUCGCUCUUCCUCCUCAGCUUCUCGAUCCAAAGGCAAACCGAAUGACUCGUAGUAGUGGUGGUGCAGAUUAGAUGGACAGCGCGCACUAGGGGGAAGAAUCUUUUCGCAACCUCACCAUUUCUUUAGUGGUGAAGUACCGUCUGGCCCACAUGAGUCACGGCGAAUCUUGCGCGGGCGUCGUGGGCGGUGCCGUGGGCGUCGGGGGCCACAAGAAGCUCCGUCGCAAACGCAAAGAGCUGGACGCCCUUGUGCCCGAGGACAAGGUGCGCCGGAAAUCCUCCUCGGCUUCACACCACGACCUCCUCCGCUCCGACUCCGAGGACCCCGAGGCUGACUAUGCCGGCGUCGGCGUCAUCACCAAGCGCGUGAUGGGCGGCGGGGGCGAGGGCAUGGGUCUGUGGGCGUGCCUCCCGGGAGCCUGCACGCUCCUCUUGCUCCUCACCACCCUGGUGGGCGUGGCGGCCGCCCUCAGGCUGCUCAUGCUGACCCGGCGCGACCUGGACUCUCUCCACGCCAGAAUCAGCUCAGUGGAGGCGAGCAGUUCUGAACUACCAGCCAAAUUCCAUGCGUCCCAUGUGAGGCUUCAGGAACUGGAGAAGAAUCAAACGGCCCUCUGGGCAGCAGUAGCAGAGGUUUCUACGAAUCUAGCGGCUGCUACCAAAAGGGUGGAGCAGUUGGAAGCAGAUGCCAAAACUAUAAAAGAUUCGCUUAGCAGUGCUCCUCAUCUUUCUUCGUUGCCAAAGGAUGUGUCAGAUUUGCAAGGGUCAGUAGCCAAAUUUGGUUCCACCCUCCAAGAUGUCCAGUCUUCUCUCAAAGUUGUCAAACAGGAACAUGAGAAAUUGCAGAUAGAUGUAAAAGAUGCCAGCUCGUCAAUCAAUAAUUUUAAGCAUGAGAUAUCAGUAUUACACAAUCAGACAGCAAUAGAAGCCAUUGGAGAAGGAGGACUUGGUGCUACUCUUGGUGAAACAGUUUCAAAAUUAAGACAUCAGAUGGAGGCCCUGAAUUUAGCAGUAUCAUCUGUUAACUCUUCUCUUAUGUCACAUAUAGAUGACUCUUCAACCAGCAUGCAAAAGAUUGAGACUAUGACUCAGUCAAAAGGAGAAAUCCAUAAUGUUACUAAGCGCUUAGCAACACUGGAACAGUGGCGAAACAUCAUUGAUCCUGAUAUUCCUGAUCGAAUCACUAACCUAAGUACUGUUACUAAUCAGCUUCAAUCAACCAUUGAUCAGCAGGAGCACUUGUUGCAGAAUCUGACUCAGAGCAUAGCUAUAGUAAAAGGUGUAGAAAGGAAACUGGAAGGCAGUCAGGUUCAGUUAGCAAGUGGUGUCAGUGACCUAAAGCAGCAAUUAGAAAAGGUGGAACACAAAGUUGUAACCAUGGAAGCUGCUGCUAACACUCCAGCCCCUCCAGCCAGCAAUGAAACACACAUCCGUAAGCAAAGAUUAAUACAAGCUGGAGCAGAGAGAGAUAGUAGAGGGCCUUGAUGUGCUGAACCUUGAUUUAUCACUCAACUAAAAUGGACUUUGUGUGCCAAUAAUGCUCUAGUUUUAUCCAAAGAUAUUUAUAGUUAAACUAGGAGGUGGUCUAAUAAAGCUUUUAAAUCCCUCCUGAAAUAGUGAGCUAGUUACCAUGGGAAUACUUACCAGCAGCAGCACUAGAAAAUAAGUUACUACUUGUAAAAAAACAGUAAAGAAAAUUGGCAAACAAUGGCAUAGUGGUUUUGGUGGUUAGGUCUAUUAAGUGUUAUUUAAUCACACACUUGAAAACAUUUGACACUUUUAUAUAAAUUUCCUCAAACUUUUGUUUAAAAAACAAAAUGUUCACAUUUUACAUGGAUUAUUUUUUUAGACCACGUAUACUAUGGAGUGGAUUGGUUGUGUGAAAUAACUUUUAUUUUUGAAGUUUUGGAUACAGUUUAUGGAAAUAUAAAUUUGUAUUUUGGAGCUUUUGCCAUAAUUUUUUAUAUAUCACUUUUUUUUUAUCCCCCUUCGUUGUUCAAUAAAAUUGGUUUUGUUUUAUUGCUGUAUGCUGUACCAGUAAUCAUACAAAAUUGUGGUCGUGCAGACAAAACCAAUUUUUUAUUGUUAUGUUUUAAUUGCUACUUAUUUUAUCAGUGCUUUGGAAAUGUGAAGUACCCAACUACUUUUUAUUUUAAGGGUAUUUUUAAAAUAUGAGGUACCCAUUUAUGCACUGUAGCAAGGGUCACUAGGAGAGGAAAAAGGGGUGCUCAACUUUGUAUAAAAUGCAGCAAUUAUGUUAAUUUUUUCUACCUCAACUGUUAUCAUAUAUCCUGGAGUCUUAUUUGCAUACAUGCUGAAAUAUGAUGUUGUUUCAGCAUAGAUUACUGAUGAUCCUAGGAAGAGUUGGCCAGAAAUUCUAAAUCCUAUUCAUUAAAUUGACAGUACAUGCUGUUAACAUACUGAAAAGCAGGUGAAUGUGAAACUCUGGUCAAAUACAAUUGCUGAAACUAGUGUGUGCUAUUUGUUUUGUCUUUAUGAACAAUUUUCAAUUUCAGCAAUAAAAUUAAAUGGCCAAAUCUUCAUUCUAAAUAGGAAUAAAUAUAUAUUCUGUGAAUAUAUGUACAACUCCAGGUCACUGGAAAAUUACUUUGCCCAUUUAAAAAUGUCCCAAAUUUCUAAUCAUUACUUACAUAAAGUAAUGCUAAAAUCUCCUUAAAGCUACUGCUUUUUACACCCCUACACUAUAUCAGCUAAAUGUAAUUUUUCCUUUUGAUCAACCCAAAUAAACUUCUGCUUCUAACUGGUAACAAAAUGCUUAAAUUAUUGCUAUGAUUAAUAUGUACAGUAAUUGGAGUAAGUACUAUGCACAACUUGAUUGUAUUAUUGUCAAACUACGAUUCACUUUAAUGGUAUAAGGCAAUAUCAGAAUUGACAUAUUUCAUAAUGAUUUAAAUUUUUGGAUAAGUAAUAAAUGUGAUACAAUUCAAGCAAAUAAUCAGAUUUUAAUUGCUUCACAUACUCAUAAAAUGGUUAAUCAGAUUUUAAUUGCUUCACAUACUCAUAAAUUGGUCAAGAAAAACAUUUAAGGCUCACAGUGAAAGUCAGCGAUAACAGGUGAGGUGGUUUGUGAAUUAAGCUCAAUUAAUCUUUCAAUGACACUACCAUGUGAUCAUUAUUUCUACAUUUUUAAGGGUUAAUACAGCAUAAUGGGUUUAUAGAGCAAGUUACUAUUUCUAAGUAAAUUUUUUAAGAUUCAUGUACAAAUGGAACUGUUAAGUGUAAAGAGAAGGUUUUUGCCAAAUAAUUUUAAUGUACCAUUGGUCUGAAUAACUGGUCUCAACUCUAAAGCAUUUUUAUUCAUGGACAAAUUACAAACACUCCAUAUAAAUGGGUGUCAAAGGUCAGUUUUGUUUAUCAAAAAUAACUUCCCAGUUACUUUAAUAAAAAUUUGUAUGGUACUGUGCUUACAAAUGCUUUAGUGUUCGGAACAUACGUAAAUGGUCAUAGUCUGUAAGGCCAACAUCUUGACUUAUGGCUCAAUUUUUUUUCUUUUUUUCGAAAUGUACUGUACUGUCCUAUUCCUCCCCAAAUUAAGCUCUUCUUAUAACCUCUUGACCUAGUUCAUUCCACAUCUCAUCCAAACAAGCCAUCCAAUGUGUGCUUAGCAAAUAUUUUUGUGCUAAAUGUUAUGUAUUUUAGAUUUGUAGUUUGAGUGUGCAGAAAUAUUUAGCCACAAACAUACACCCUCUUGUUAUAGACCAUCUCAAUUUUGAAUUGCUGUAGUCAUUAUACUGUAUUAGUGUUUUCAGCUUUGAAGAAAGUAGGAGAAAUACUUCGCCAUUUUAUUCCUUUGUAAUCAUAGUUGGUCUUGAAGUGGAUGAUAGCCAUGCUAGAAUGUCAUUUCCCACAGUUGAAGAAGACCAAGCACUUUUAGCAGUAGCAUCUUUCUUUCAUUUCUGUACAUACUCCUGUAAUGUUUCAUACAGUACAUUAUUGAAUUUAUUAUUGCUGUAUAUGUUACAGUUUGAUCUAGUCCUUUUAUGAUAUCACAAGAAGGCUCUCUCUCUCGAGACUUAAAAAUGGGAAUCUUCAUUAGUGAUUGAUGUAUACAUCUCACAUUUUUCAUUUAUGAAUUAAGACCUUUGUGUUAAAAACCAUUUUCCUAAUUACUUAUGCACACUUAUUUGAUCUUUCUUUUCUAAAGUGUGCAGUUAUUAUGAGACCAUUAUACUUUUUAAGUACUACAUUCAAUUCAUUUCAUAUUCACACACUUUUUUUAUUAUAAAAUUUUCCUUAUUCCUGUUUAGUUCUCUUAUCUAUCAGUGUAUGAUGAUUAAGAAACACAGUAUAGUGGGUUAUCCUGAUAUCUGACUAAAAUUAUCAGUAAAAAGCACCUAUUAACUGGAAUGAAGCACUUGAAAGAGUUCUUUUAAUAAUGUUAAUGUGUAGAAACUUGUACUUAAAAAUUAUUAGAAAGUGAGUGUAACUGACCUUUUAACCCGACAUUUACCCUAGCAGAGCACAUUAAACAAUCUUUUUGUAUGCACCAAGACUAUUUCUUGCAGAAUAUUCAUUUGUACAAGACUUGUUCUACUUUUACCUGUGAUAAAUAAACUGUAUAUAACAUAUGGGAUGAUGAGAAUACCUCAUCUUAUUUUGCAUUCCUGAUGUUAUUAUAUUUGAGUGUGUUUAGUGAAUCAAUUUUAUUGUUAUUCAGUGAAAACUACAAUAAUGAUGAUGAUGAUGCAUUUUCAUUAUGAAUGUCUUGCAUGCUUCUUUAUACAGUAUUUUGCACAAUCUUGAAAGUUACGAGAUAUGUCAAAGAUAUUUCUAAGAAAUGCAGAUCAUAAGCGUAAUAAAACUCUUGUGAACUAGUAAUGCAAGACAAAUUUGAUUAAAAAAAAAAAAAGUUUAAAUCCGUUAACUGUGAGCAAGAGUGUAUAUACCUUGUAAACAUUACAAGAAAAUAAUUAAAGGUGGUCUUCAAGUACAAUAUCAUUUCAUUAGUGCAAUGCUUAAAAGGACACACUUCAAUUAUAUUCAGUGGAAGGACAAUUUUCACUUUUCCUUUCAAUAUUCAGAAAAAUCCUCUGAGCAAAUUCCUAUUGGCUAAAUGACUUAAAAGAAGACUAAUUCCAAUGACAACUAGGAAACUUAAUAACAGCUACAACAUUCUCCCUAUGAGAAUAAUUCAGUCUCAAAUAUUAAAACAUCCUGUACUUUGAAUUGUCAGGAUUCCUGAAAUAACACCACUGGUUGAAUCACCUGCACUGAGCAAUACAGAUACUAGAAGCAAUCUUACAAAAAUAAUGAAAACUUAUAUUCUUUUUGCAAUAGGUACUCAUUAGAAAACUUGACAAGGUGAUAAAAAUGACAGCUUAAAUGAACAUGAUACUCAUCACUUUUAAGUUGAUGUAAAUAAAAAAAGCUUUCCAUGUAAUUUCAUCACUUUAAGUAAAUGUAAAUAGAAAAAAAGCUUGCCAUGUAAUUACACUAAAAUAAAGGCCUAGAAAAGUACAACUACAAUUAUGUCUGACCCUGCAAUAUUUGUAAAAGUUUAAUGGGUCUUACCUUUGCAACAAGACUCCAAAAAAUGAAUUCUUCAACUGUCUUGAGGCAAAUAACUUCCUGAUAGCAGUCACUGUCUUACUGGACUGAUGAGGCCUUCUACUGAAAGGCUUUGAACCAGAACCAGCAGUAAAGUCCUAAUUUUCAUACUCUAUCCAUUAUAUGUCUUCAUAGAGUGCUUAUUACCUGAUGACAAAAGAUAUUUCAGUAACAUUCACUAAGGGGACAAGCAAGUUGAAAUAAUUACAACAAUUAACACAUUCUUAAUUUGAUGUAAUACAGUGGUGAAAAUACUAUAAUCAGCAUAAGAGCUUACACUGCUGUAUGUCUAUGCCAGUACUGAAAAGGAAAUUUUGGGGGUUUCAAGAUGAAAGACCAAGAAACUUGUCCAUACUAAAUAUAUAUCUUUUACUCAAAAUGUGCAUGAACCAGGAAGUACAGAAUGAAUAAAAUAAGUCAUGUAAUCAUUGAGCAUAAAAACUAUAAAAUCUUGUAUAUUUGGGAGCUAACAAAGAAAGUAUCCUGGCUAUAUACUACUGUUAAUCAUUUGGCUGUUCAGAUACAUGUUCUUGAAUCUACAAAAUUGUUAUAAGCAUUUGUUUUUGGAGUCUGUUAAAAAUUUGGAAGUACAUGUGAACUGUCUUCACUUCUUAUGAACUGCAUUCUCCUUAGGGGGUAAAUGAUGACCUUCAAAUGCAAUCUUAAAACUUUUAUAGAAGUGAAGAAUUCACAUGUAAUCCCGGUUUACUCACUUGACUCAGCUGUUUUUCUGUUGUAUACUCAAGAUUUCAUGAAUUUUAUACAGGUUUCUCCAUAACAUUUUGACAUCCUUGCCCUUAGAUCCUCAUGUGCACUAUUAUAAAAUCACUACAGUGUUAGACAGAAUGCUUAUGUAGUUUUUAGAAGAACUGUAGCCUUGAAUUAUACAUUUGUAGUUGCUGACUGUGGCCGCAGGCAAAAUUUGUUUUCUAGUUUUUUAUUUUAACUAUUCAACAUUAUUUUUUAGCUUGUUAAAUUUCAAGGUAUAUUAAGAUUAAUGGAAAGCUACUUCCAAUAUUCUGCAAAAUCUUGAAUGGACUUAUGACUUAAGUUACUAGUUGACAUCCUAAGACAAAGUUUUUGGGUAUUUUUGUAUACGUAUCAGUAAUGCAUAACACUACUUUAUACCACAAAUCUUGUACUGCUAGAUUUUAUUCUACUAUUAUAUUUCUUUCCAUAAAAAUUCUGUAAAUUGGUGUAUAGUGCAUCACUGCAUUAGACUUGGUGGACAUUUUGCACUUACUAGCUACAUAACCCUAAUAUUAAAAGCUUCUUUAUUUUAGUGUAGUAUACUUGUAAAAAAAAUCACGUGAGGAUCUUACUAUGGGUAUGAAUCAUUAUAUAUAUGACAUUGAGAUAAAAUAAUUGCAAGACAGUGGAGUUGACACUAUCACAGAAAAAUCAAUCAUUUUGAUCAUAAAGUGUAAACCCAUCCCAUACUACUGGUGUCAUUGUGAAAAAUCUUUAAUUUGUUAAAUUUGAAGAAUAACAAUACAUUUCUCA